AUGUUGAUCCCCAAGGUUUUGGCCACGGCUGCUGUACUGUCUACGGUGACAGCCUUCUACCCAUGGUUUCCGAACGAUCGUUGUGUUGGAGAGGGUAAUUGCGUCGCGGAACGAUCUGCAGAAACAACCUUCAAGCUGGUUCGGCGGUCGCCAAAAGACGAGUCACCUCACGAUGUACAAAAAAUACGACGUUUGGCACAACACUUAACGAGAAAAUACCAGCGUGGUACUCCUGCCCAGUCCACUGCAAUCGAGAGGGACGAAAUUGCGAAGCGAGAAAAUGACUAUUCUAUCAUGCAGGCUGUAACGCCCACACAAGCGAUGAGUGCUGGCAUCCACCAGGAUGGAACAGAUUUCUCCUAUUUCAUAGAGGUCGCCUUGGGCUCCAGCAAUACACCCGUCUAUCUACUCUUGGAUACUGGUGCAGCAACGACUUGGGUCAUGGGUAAAUCUUGUACUUCAUCGCCUUGCAAAGCCCACAACACUUUUGAUCCAUCUUCUUCGAAAACAUACGAAACCAGCGGCAGCACUUUUACUCUAUCUUAUGGCACUGGGCAAGUUGCAGGAGACUUAGCGACGGAUACUAUGUCUUUUGCUGGCAUGGCAGUUCCCAUGACCUUCGGAGUCGCAGCAACCACAUCCGAUGACUUUCACGCUUUCCCCAUCGAUGGUAUCCUUGGACUCUCGCAGGCCAACGGUUCCUUCCCCAUAUUUCUUGAGACUCUCGCUGCUGCCAAACUUCUGGAAUCGAACAUCUUUGGAGUCAGCUUGAAUAGAGCCUCGGAUGGAGUCAAUAAUGGAGAAAUCAACUUUGGUGCACUCAACAAAUUGAAUUAUGACGGUGUUUUGAGCUACAACCCCGUGUCACCAGAUGCUGGUGGAGACUGGGCGAUACCAAUAGGCAAUGUUGGUUUCGGAACGACUCAGUCCAACAUCGAGGGGAGACUAGCGUUCAUUGACACUGGAACCUCGUUCAUCUUCUGUCCCCCGGAAGAUGCGAAGACUUUCCACGCGUUAGUGCCUGGAGCUACGUCGACGAACAAUGUCACUUACACAGUACCAUGUACCACGACCACUUUUAUGACUUUCACAUUUGGUGAUACCACUUACAAUGUAGAUCCUCAGGAUUGGGUUUCUCCGACGGCCGACGGAGUUUGUACCAGCAACAUCUUUGGCCAAGCUGUCACGCCCGGGAACUGGCUGCUGGGUGACACCUUUUUGAAGAAUGUAUACACAGUGUUUGACGUCGAUCAGGACAGAGUUGGUUUUGCUCCCAUCAGAGGCUCAGUAUCUACGCCCUCGAAUUCCACUGCGUCAACUUCUUCCCAGAGUUCUGGAGCUUCUUCGACUUCUAGGACCAGUUCCUCUACUGCCGGGUCUGCAUCGCCGACUGCUGGAUCUGAUGGCCACGAGACUGCUGCUCCACCUGCUGCGCAAGCAGAAAAUACGACUGCUCCUUCUGAGAAUUCCAGCGUGAAAGCCGAUGCAAGAAGUCUCAUGACCAGUAUCCUCCCUGGCGUAUUUGCCAUUCUGCUUUUGAUCCUGGUCCCUUGA